AUGGUGAAAAAGCGCACUAUAGAGAAGCCAGCUGAGAGGAAAGUCAAAGUGCAGAAGCAUGGUGCCUUUCAAGAUGGGAAGGAAGGAAAUGGAGAACAAGAAGAGGAUGAAGAAAAAAAGUGCAAGGAAGAAGAGGAAGAAGACAAGGAGAAUGGGGAAGAGGUGAACAUGAAGGGGAAAGAAAAUGAGAAAGAGAAAGAGAUGGAGACAGAUAAGGAGAAGGAGAAGGAGAAGGUAAAGGAAAAGGAAAGAGAAAAGGAAAAGGAAAUGGAAAGAGAAAAGGAAAAGGAAAGAGAAAAGGAAAAGGAAAGGGAAAGAGAAAAGGAAAAGGAUAAAGAGAAGGAAAAGGAAAAGGAAAGAGAAAAGGAAAAAGAAAAGGAAAGAGAAAAAGAAAAAGAGAAAUUGAAGGUGAAGGUGGAGAAGGAAAAGGAGAAGAAAGAGAAGGAACAUGAGAAUGAGAAUGAGAAUGAAAAAGUGGUGAAUGGCAUCACAACAAGCAAGAAUGGGACAGAAGAGCUUGAUGGUGAACAAAAGCACCAGCUGAAACAUCGGGAGCUUUUCCUCUCUCGUCAAGUUGAUACCAUGCCUGCCACACAGAUCCGAGGAAAGUGUUCUGUCACCCUUUACAAUGAGACAGAAUCUUUUCUCUCUUACCUGAACAAAGAGGACUCAUUCUUCUAUUCCUUUGUCUAUGACCCAACCCAAAGAACUCUUCUUGCUGACAAGGGAGAGAUUCGUAUUGGGAAGGAGUAUCAAGCUGAUCCCCUUCCUCUUCCUGGAGGAAAUGUGAUGGACAUACAAGACUAUGGACAUAUUUCUUACACUACAGAAGGGGGUGCCCGCUUGGCACGAGCACCACAGCUCAAUCACAGUCCCUAA